CCCUGCGAUCGAGAUCGGUCGUCGCGAAACGAACAGUCGUUUGAAAAUCGUUGACAGAGAAGCGUGCUAAAUUUUCGAUUCUCCCAAAAAUAGUCGUUGUGGUCAUUUGCUGAAUGAAGAAAAAAAUGGCUGCGAAUUUUGGUUUCUGGUUUAUUACUGUCGUGCUGAGUCACGCUUUCUGUGGGGUCACGUGUUGGUUGCAACGAACUGAGUUCAAUAUGACGGAGUACUGGCAGAUGCCUGCCCUUUCAGAGUAUGAAAAUUUCGAAAGUUGCCUUCGAUCAAAUCCUGCAGCAGUGUUUUGUGUAGUGAAAAGUGUCGUGAAACCUGACGAUAAAUCCGCAAUAUGGAAGUCAAUUCAAAAAUAUUCCAAAUACGAGCAUCAGUACAGGCACGACAUCUUGACGCGAGGAAUUUGCAUAGAGCAGUGUGAGCAACUCGUAGGGACUCUCAGCGACAAGCAGCGGGAACGGUUGCUGCAGCCGAAAUUCGAUAUUCAAUUCAAGUACAUCAUUAACGAUUGGCUCCUGCCGGGCAUAGAACGGUACAGACAGCGGUACGGUGAUUUGGCCAACAUCUGUCUAAACUAUCGAACCCAGUUGCAGUACAAUCUUAGCGUUUACUCUGAAAUCGAGUAUUGCACCACUAACGAAACACUUAUAAGGGCAACUGGUAAACUUUAA